CAAUAAUCGUAUUGUCAUUCAUGAUCGUGAUCAGAGUUGACUGGUGAAAAUUUUCAAAUUGCAGGGGAAAUUUUUCAAGGGGAAUAAUCUCUUAUGCGGACUAAAGGCCUGCAAAUGUAAAUUAUUCAGCCGGAUGAAGAAAUCAUGAUCGCUUUUCUGCCAAAACCAUUAUUUAAAAAUUAAAAUUUGGACUAUGAAAUGACAAAUGAGUGUAACAAAAAUAUACCGAAUUUAAUCAUGGCAAUAAUAACACCAGAAAUAUGUCAACUGAAUCGGUCAUAAAUAAUUCUAGCCAGGGGUUAGAUAACGAAAGAAAAAAUUUCACUGAAUAUUCGGACCUAAAUUUAACUAUUUUCACAGACAUAAUCGGAAGGUUAGAAGUAAAAUACAUAUUUUCUACCCUUUACAUCAUAAUUUUCAUAGUUGGUUCAUUCGGUAACACAUUGAUAAUAUAUGUGGUGUGCAAAAAUAGGGGCCUAAGACAGGUGGUGACUAACAUAUUUAUUACCAAUUUGGCUGUUUCGGAUAUCAUGAUGUCAGUGUUGUGUGUACCAUUCACUCCAUUAUACAGUUUUAUUGGUUCUUGGGUGUUUGGUAGUUUUUUGUGUCGAGUCUUAAGCAUGGCUCAGUGCAUGUCUGUGUACCUUUCAGCAUUAACUCUCACUGUAAUUGCUUACGACAGAUACCGUGUUAUACUAUACCCAUUUAUUCCUAGGAUGACUAUGCGUGGCUGCCUUUACAGAAUAAUGUUUAUGUGGAUUAUAUCGACUAUCAUAUCGUGUCCCCUAGCAUUUUUUCAAAAAGUGGUUAAAUAUCCCAAUAAUCCAUCUCGCUAUUGUGAAGAGUUUUGGCCUUCUUCGACUAUACGUAUCAGUUAUUCUGUUGUUAACAUUAUGGCUCAAUUUAUACUUCCAUUGAUUUUCAUCUCCUAUUUCUAUCAACGAGUAUCGAAAGAAAUGUCAAAAAAUUCGAAAAAGCAAAUCCAUGGGCUAAAAAAGAAGGCCGAGAGGAGAGACAUCAAGAGAAAAAAGAAAAUUAAUAUAAUGUUGAUCACCAUGAUAAUACUUUUUUCGCUAUGUUGGCUUCCUUUGAACUUUGUAAUAAUAUUUUUUGAUGUUAAUAGUCAUUUAGUAUGGUGGAAAUAUUACACUCUAGUUUUUUUCUUGUCGCAUAUGCUUGCUAUGAGCUCUAUUUGUCAUAAUCCAUUGUUAUACGCAUGGUUUAAUCCAAAUUUUCGAAAUGAAUUUCAGAACAUAUUACCAUGCAUCCGCAAAAAAGGUACGAGAUAUUCUAUUAUAGACAACCCUUCAAAAAUAAUUAAUCAAUCUAAAACCUAUGAAAAUGAUGAUUCCAUUAUCAGUCCCAAAUUUAAUGGGAAAAAGAGGGGCGUCAAAGACUCCGGAAUAUCAUCUACUGAUGAGUCUAACCUAAAAUUCUAUUUAAAACCAGUAUCUCGGUUAUUUUUGAAGCGAUUUAUUCCACCUAAACCAAAUGCUCAUCAAAAUUAUGUGAAAAAGGUUAUAUACGAGUCUAUAAAAAUUGAGAGCUCUCAAAAACCAUCGAUCGCGCCGAUUAAUAUUAAAAAAUCUCAACAUUUUCAAAAUGAUAUUAAUCGCGAAAUAAUUAUACCCAGAAUUAAUAUUGUACGCGGCUCAUUAGACAAUCAAGUUUUAAUAUACGAAACUGAUCCAACCCACAAAUCAACAGUAUUACAUUGUGAGAAAAGUGAUAUCGAUAAGGAUUGGAAAAAUAUUUUAACAACAUCUAAAUCUAAAAGCGGACAUUUCAAAUAUUCGUUGGCAAAUUAUAUAUUAAAAUUAUUCCGUAAUAAAUCACAAGUAGAUUCAUCUAAUUUUCCAAAAUCCUCUAGAAACCCCAAAUACAAAAUUGGCAUUAAUUUGCCAACAUGUCUCGUUUAUAAUUCAUUUGAUGAUAUCGAUAUCCAUCCUUCCAUCAAGAACCCUAAUUUUAAAAACUUUAAGAUUAAUAUAAACUCCGAUCAAUCUAUCUCGGAGAAAAACUCUGUUAAAGAAUUGAUAGAGGAUAAUACUCACAAAUAUUGUCCCCUCAACAUUAUUGUAGAUAGCCAUCCAUCAAAUCAAUUGCUUGAUGAAAUUCAAGUAGGAGAAAGUGAUUUCGAAUCGCUAAAAGGGACAAAUACUAUAUAUAAUACGAUUAUGAUAUGCCCGACCUCUAGUGAUGAACAGCAGCUUAAUUCAAACUUAAUUUUUGGAAAAUUAUCAAAUGGGAAAAUGGACUCAGUCGAAAGGCUCUCUUCCAAUGAUUUAAAAUCUAUCGAUGAUGAUGAUAAUGAGCGAGCAUUUAGAAAACCGAUCCUUUUACAGAACUUUAGUGAAUAUGAGAAUGCACUCAAUUAUCAAAAUUUAGAUAUGAUAAAUCAAAACUUGCAUUUCGAUAUAUAUCAAAUUUGAAACGAUUGCCCAGAUAUUAUUUCUACCUAAUUUUUCAAAAAAAUGUGCAAUAACCUUUGGCUAAAUGUGGGCAAAAAUUAACAAUUAAAAAUGCUGAG